AAAUAACAAGUUGUACGUUAAAUAUUAAUUAGUUCUAAACAUCCUCAAUCCACUUCAUAGUAUAGUUUUGUAAGUGCAGUGAUGAUGAGAACACCAAGCAAUGAUGAAAGUGGUUUGAAGAAGGGUCCAUGGAGUCCAGAAGAAGAUAAAAUAUUAGUGGAUCACAUUCAGAAACAUGGCCAUGGAAGUUGGAGAGCUCUUCCAAAGCUUGCAGGAUUGAAUAGAUGUGGAAAGAGUUGUAGACUUAGAUGGAAUAAUUAUCUAAGGCCUGAUAUUAGAAGAGGAAAAUUCUCUGAUGAAGAAGAAAAUCUCAUCAUCAAUUUACAUUCAGUUCUUGGAAAUAAGUGGGCAGCUAUAGCAACACAUCUUCCAGGAAGGACAGAUAAUGAGAUAAAGAAUUUUUGGAACACACAUUUAAAGAAAAAGCUAAUGCAAAUGGGGUUAGAUCCAGUGACACACAGGCCAAGAACAGAUCACCUAGACCUUCUUAGUAAUCUACAGCAAAUAAUAUUGAAUGCUGCAAACAUUGUCACAAGUUGUGACAUAAACAAUAAUGCUCUAAGGCUACAAUAUUCAUUGCUACCACAAAGUUUGGUAAAUGAUGUUUUAGGAUUUAAUAAUAACAUACAAAGUUUUUAUGAUGGUUCCAAUAUUGGUAUUUCUUCUCAAACAAUUCAACCUAAUUUGCAAAACUUUGAAGCCCCUCUUCAGCAAUUACUACCACAAGAAUUUGAGUGCUCUCAGAAAUUUGGUGAACAAAUUGGUAACACAAAUUUUGCUUCAACAGUAUUAUCAAAUUCUCUUCCAAAGUUGGUUUCAGUUUCACCUCAACGUUCAGGAACGGUUAAGGUAGGAGAAGAAAACAUGAUGAUAAAUGCAAAAGAGUGUUGUAACACUUCUUCCUCCAACAGCUUUGAAACUUGGGGAGAUUUCAUAAAUGAUGAUGCAAAUGAUGCUUAUUGGAAAGAUUUCAUAGAACAACAAUAUUCAAGCCAACCAUAGCCGAUAUUCUCAUGAAAGAUCACAUCAUUUUGACGGAUUCGUUAUCACAGCAAUAACUAUUGGGAUUUAUGAUAUAUUUUAAGGAUCAACACAUUGUUCAUUUUGGUGUAAUAGGUUGUUCAUAUAUAUAUCUAUAAGCUAUAAUAAUGUGUUAUUUGUCGAUGGAUUUUACACCAUGAAUACUGUUGUAAUUAAUAUGUAGGCUACAGUUUGUUAUGUUCAUCUUUUUGUAUAAAAUGCAUUUGCACUCUUUGCUUUUUA